AUGCGACAGUUCGACCUUUGUCAAGCCAUCCCCGCCCCGUGUGACACGAGUGUCCAGUUGCACAGGACAGACCGACGAGGAAAGGGGGAGGUUAACUGGGCAGUUCAGCAUGCCCCUUACAUUGACAUGUGGGACCAGCGGCUGCAGCACGUCGCGGAUGGUGCGCCUGUCCAAGGCCUGAUGGAGUAUCACGAUCCAUACAUGGUAUGGUACAGGAGCAUUACCCGACGCUUCAUCAACCCUAACUACACCCCACCCUCAACGCAUUACCACCCAGCUUUUGGAGACAUCAGUGGAUAUGCGUCUGAUAUGCUUGCUAUACAUGAUGCACUAGAAGUCUUGAGCAUAUCAUAUCCCACCAUACCGCAGUUGGAUGACAUUCACGCAAUGACUGUGAGUAGCUUACAGAGACAUGGUCAUGGCCAUCUUAUCCCCCAAGGCCGGGACCAAUCACACCGCCGUUCACACCGUGAGGUAGGCAGCAGUAGUAGGGGACAGACUCACACGUCCCCUACAGGGUCCCCCCUGUUUUUUGAUGAUCAGGAAGAUAUCGCCAUCCACAUGUCUGCGCCAUACUCAUCUCAAGAAGGACCAUCUUCCAGCCAACAGACUCCUCCCCAGACCUCUGCCCCAGAUCCUUUCAUAACGUUCAUUUUCUGUACAUUAUCAACUUCACCAUACGCAUUCAUUCUUUUCAUUGUAUUGGUUGCUGGUGUUGUUGUUGUUGCUGGUGUUGUUAAUGUUGCUGAUGUUGUUGCAGUUAUUGUUGUGGUUCCUGUUGUUAAGGUUGUAGUAGUUGUUGUGAUUGUUGUUGAUGCUCUUGUUGGGGUUGUCGCUGUUGCUCUUGUUGGGGUUGUCGCUGUUGCUGUUGUUAGAUAA